CGCUCACGCCUGCCAGUUUGAUCAUCUGUCGACAGCCUCGCGUUUGACACACACUAUCGUCAAAAGCUAGGGCGCUGCUGCAACGCUCACGCAACUUCAAUCGACACUACAACCAGACAGCGAACUCGCGCACUACUUCUGCCCAUCAUGUCGAGCAGAUUCUUCCGCGCCGCGUCCGACUCUGAGUCCGAGUCUGAAUCCGAGGAGGAGCUCAUGUCCGACUCUGGGGACGAAUCGCAAGACGCGGGAGCCAGAAAGGGCAAAGCAGCCCAGUCCGACUCUGAUGAGAGCGACGAAGACGAAGAUGAGAAUGAGGACGACGACGAGGCCGAUGACAACAAGGCCGCGGGUGUGGCCAACAAGGCAUCAAGAUUCUUGAAGGGAGCUGAUAGCGAGAGCGACUCUGAGGACGAGGUCAGAAAGGUCAUCAAGAGCGCGAAGGACAAGCGCGCGGACGAGAUAGAAGGAAUGACAAAGAAAAUUGACGAGGCGCAGCGCAUCAACGAUUGGAUCGCGACGUCAAAAGAGUACGAGAGUCUCCUACGAGCUGUCGAUAGGCUGCGCAACGUCAACGAAAGCAUUCCACCUGCGUUCAUCAGGUGCAUUGCCGGUCUGGAAAAGGCCAUCGUGGAUGCGGUCGCUAAAGAAAAGACGGCGACCAAGAAGAUGAAGGCGCCAAACGCCAAGGCCAUGAACGGCAUGAAGCAAAAGGUCAAGAAGGCGGUCGUGGAGCACUCGGAUGCUGUGCAAAAGUACAACGAGGAUCCCGAAGCGUUCCUGACCGAGGCAGCUGCUGCCAGUGCUGCUUCCAUCCCCGCUCCGGCCCCGAAGAAGAAAAAGGUCACUCUGGAGGACGUAGAGAAUGCAGCCAAGGCAGCAGCAGCCGGCGAGGGCGAGGGCGAUGACGAUUUCCAGACGGUUGGCAGAGGCGGGCGUGCCAUGAACUUCACAAGCGAAGGUCUCUUCAAGCACCUAGCCGCAGUCAUGGAGAUGCGUGGCCGCAAGAGCACUGACAGGAGUGAACAGGUCCUGAUUCUUACGAAGCUCCUCGGCGUCGCAGAGUCCACGUACCAGAAGGUCCGCGUUCUCCUCGCGCUCAUUGCGGCUCGCUUCGAUUACAAUGCAAGUGCCUCCUCGUACAUGCCAAUCGAGGCAUGGAAGGCUGCUCGUUCAGAGGUAGACAUGCUUCUCGAGACCCUUGCAGAUGAUCAGAUGUACACCGUGUCAGAGGAAACUCCAGACUACGAUGAUCAGGUCGACCGAUUGCCAAACCAAGAUGGCGAAGGACCGGUUGUGGCUGUACGAGGCAGCGUCAUCAGCUUCCUUGACCGUCUCGACGACGAAUUCACCAGGAGCUUGCAGAACAUCGACUCUCACACCACUGACUACAUUGAUCGACUGAUGGACGAGAAGACACUUUACCAAACCAUCGUACGCGCGCAGGUGUACUUUGAGUCGCUCAAGCAGACAGACAGCCUUAGCCGCGUAGUCAUGCGCCGUCUUGAACACGUCUACGCCAAGCAAGACGUCAUCGUCACUGCUCUGGAGACCAAGCGCAUCGAAGCUCAACCUGCGCUCAUUUCCCGCCUCGUGCCCAGCAACGAUGAGCUCGUCCAGUCAAAGGGGCCGACGGCACUUGUUCGAGCACUGGCCAUCCACCUGUACAAGGUCCCUGGUCUCGCUGCUGAGCGCCUUCGCACUCGAGCCAUGCUCUGCCACACGUACCACCACGCAUUGCACCGCGACUACCACAUUGCGCGAGACAUGUUCUUGAUGAGCCACUUGCAGGAUAACAUCAGUCUUGCUGACGCGGCCACUCAGAUUCUGUACAACCGCGUUGUGGUGCAGAUCGGCAUGUGCGCCUUCCGCCUAGGCCUCGUGAGGGAAUCUCAGAGCGCUCUGCAGGAGAUCUUCGCGAGCGGAAGAGUCAAGGAGCUCUUGGCACAAGGAGUCCAAAGAUCCAACCAGUACACUACGCUGACCCCAGAGCAAGAGAAGCUCGACCGUCAACGUCAAUUGCCGUUCCACCUUCACAUCAACCUCGAGCUGCUAGAGUGCAUCUAUCUCACCUCUUCAAUGCUUCUCGAGGUGCCCAACAUGGCUUUCGCUGGCUCGGAUCCCGAGCUCCGCAAGCGUGUCAUCUCGCGUCCUUUCAGGAGGAUGCUGGACUACACCGACAGGCAAGUUUUCUCUGGUCCGCCGGAGAGCACUCGCGAUCACAUCAUGCAAGCUAGCAAAGCCCUUCAGAAUGGCGAUUGGCAAGGUUCGACCAAGCUCAUCUCAGAGAUCAAAAUAUGGAACCUCUUGCCUGGUGCGGAUGAAGUCAAGACGAUGUUGGCGCGACGCAUUCAAGAGGAAGGUCUGCGCACUUACCUCUUCAGCUACGCUUCAUACUACAAGACAGUCAGCCUCUCGCAUCUUGCAUCCACUUUCGAGCUCCCUGCGCGCAGUGUCAGGGGCAUCGUGAGCAAGAUGAUCUGGACCGAAGAGCUCGCUGCUAGUUUGGAUCCCAUCAACGGUGUGCUCGUCCUGCACAGGCUCGAGCUCAGCAAAGUUCAGCAGCUGGCACAAACCCUCGCAGAAAGGUCCGAGACCAUGUUGCUUCAGAACGAACGCCUGUUGGACUCUAAGCUCGGUGACAAGGACAGGCCUGGCGGCGAGAGGGGUGACCGUGAGAGGGGCGACGGAUCGGGUGGCAGACGCGAAGGUAGAAGAGGCGGCGGUGGUGGACGUGGAAGGGGAAGGGGACGUGGCAGAGCAAACUUCAACGCUCUGCCUGGUCAGGCUGUCGUCUGAGUCUAUGCACCAUCAUGCUCUGGUGCGCCACGGCAUACGCUUCCCUCUCCUUUCCACAUCGAUCGCCUGUAAUCUACCCAGCACACCCAGCUGCAGCCUCUCCGAACAAGCUGUCUUCUGGUGUGCUUUACAAAACGCAAUCCAUGAUCAUGCGAUACUUUCACGCGGG